AUGAGUGAUAAUUACGUCAGAGGUCUGGUACCGAAGAUCCAGGCUAUCUUAGAAGGAAGUGACCUUUCGACGAUCUCAGCGAAGGCUGUUCGGAAACAGCUUGUCGCUCGUGGUGAAGACGAAGCUGCAAUCAAAGCUUCGAGGGGUCAGAUAGAUGAGGAGAUCAGUACGAUAUACGAUUCGCUCACGUCGAACGCACCACCUUCCGGUCCCUCGUCACCUGAUAUACCACUGCAACCGAAAGCUGAACCUGGUUCAUCUCAACCUCAACCUCUGAAUACAUCCGUCAAAAGGGAGAGGGAUUUCAAGCCGUCCGCAUCUGUCGAUGAAACAGACGAAGAAAUGGCUCGUAGACUUCAAUCUGAAUUCAACGAUCAAUCCAGUUCUUCCAGGCCUAGAAGAGCGAACGUCACUGGUCCAGCUAAGAAGAAGAAGAAGACUACGAAGAAAAGAGUAUCCAGAGCUAGUGCAGGAAGUGAUGAGGAAGGUGGAGAAGCUAAAAAGAAACGAAAAGUGGAUCCCAACAAUCCUUUCAAUAAAGAAAUGAUCCUAAGCGACGCACUCGCAGAUUUAGUCUCGGCUCCCCGUUUAUCUCGUCCUCAAGUCGUCAAGCAAAUAUGGGCAUACGUCAAAGAACACGAUUAUCAAGAUCCAUCCGACAAGAGAUAUAUCCUCUGCGAUGACAAGUUGAAAAAGGUCUUUCACACAGAUAGGUUACAUAUGUUCACGAUGAACAAAAUAUUGGUGGAUCAUCUUCGUAAUCCAGAUGAUGUGAUAUUCAAUGAUGAAAACAAGGCCAGCGUUAAAAACGAAAUCUCAACAACUUCAGUUCCAUCUUCAAUACCGAUACCGCCAAGACAGGAGAUAUCGGAUGAAGAAUCGCAAGACGAAUCAGAGGAUGAAUAA